CACUCAUCCCUUCCCUCUGCUUUUCCUCCUCCGCCUGCCCGCUCCUCUGCUUACAACAGUACAGUACACACUAUAGUAGUGGCAGCGACCAACACAAGUGUGUGCAGCCGCUGCUCGUUUGCCUCAGCUUCUGCUCGAAACUGGCCAUUUAUCAUCAGUCAUGGCCGCCGGAGUAGAAAUUUAACUCCCGUCUGUCCUCCCUGUCGACUUUAAGGGGAGGAUUGCUUGUUCGGAAGAGGGGAAAAAAAAUAUUAGUCCCACGCUGAUUUGGAUUUCCGCUUGGAAUUACAAUACAUCUCGCAAGGGAAAUACCAUUCAUGUCAAUACUCCAAAAUGCAGCCGCCGCCGAGGAAGGUCAAAGUGACACAGGAGCUGAAAAACACGCACACGGAGCAGAUGACAAGACUGCACUUUAAACAUCAGACCGAAUGUGACCUGCUGGAAGACAUGAGGAGCUACAGUCUGAAGAAGGGGCAGUUGGAGCGGGACUACGCACAAGCUCUGCAGAAGUUAGCAAGUCAGUACUUAAAGAGAGACUGGCCUGGAAUCAGCCCCGAUGACCAGAGAACAGACUACAGGAACGUUUACGCAGUGUGGAGGGCCUACUUAGAGGGCACAGUCCAGGUGAGCCAGUCCAGGCUGAACGUAUGUGACAACUACAAGAGUCAAGUAUCUGAUCCUGCAAAGACUGUUAGACUCUAUAAGGAACAGCAGCUAAAAAAGACCAUUGAUCAGUUGAGUGGCAUUCAGGCAGAGCUGCAGGAGUCGGUGAAGGAGUUGGCAAAAGCCAAGAAAAAAUACUAUGACUGCGAGCAGGUUGCCCAUGCUGUACGAGAAAAGGCCGACAUAGAAGCCAGAUCUAAACUGGCCCUUUUUCAGUCAAGAAUUAGUUUACAGAAAGCAAGUGUAAAGUUGAAAGCAAAGAGGAGUGACUGUAAUUCCAAGGCGACGCAGGCCAGGAACGACUACUUACUAACGCUAGCUGCUGCCAACGCUCACCACGACCGCUACUACCACACAGAUCUACUGCACUGCAUACAGGCCUUGGAUGGGAGAAUCUAUGAGCAUGUAAAAGAUUACCUGGUAGCGCUGUGCCGUACUGAGUUAGAAGCCUCCCAAGUUACACACAACACCUUCCAGUUCCUUCUGGACAAAUCCACCAGGAUAAUCCAGGAGUUCAACCAACAGUUAUUCAUGCAAGAGAAUCCUGUGUUUCACAAAGCAAAUUACUUUCAGUUCCAGCCCAGUGAAUGUGACAUGACUCUGAGCUCGGUGCAGCAGUUGGUGGACAUUGAGCCGUCGCCCGUCAGUGCCAUGAGAAUGACCCUGGCACAGUCUUUAGAAGAGUGUGAGAGUCACGGCCUGCCCCCCACUGAGCAGGGCAGACUAGAUCUGGAGCUGAAGAUAGAAGACACCAAAGAGAUGAUGCGCAAAGCCGAGACAAUAAAGUUGAAGGCUGAGGCUCGCUUGGACCUUCUGCGGCAAGUGGGGGUUGCCGUGGACACUUGGCUGAAGAGCGCCAUGAACCAGGUGAUGGAGGAGCUGGAGAAUGAACGCUGGGCCAGCUACACUUCCCACGAUCCCUCACUGUCGGGUACCGUGGACUUGGAGCGAGAGGAGUGUGAAGAGUGUGAGGAAAAUAUGGAGGUCUUUGACGACAGCAGUUCCAGUCCCUCGGGGACCCUCCGCAACUACCCGCUGACCUGUAAAGUGCUCUACUCGUACAAGGCAUCACAGCCAGAUGAGUUAACUAUAGAUGAGCAAGAAAUGUUGGAGGUUAUCGAGGAUGGAGACAUGGAGGACUGGGUCAAGGCACGCAACAAGACAGGCCAAGUGGGCUACGUCCCGGAGAAAUACCUGCAGUUUCCCACUUCCAACAGCCUGCUGAGCAUGCUCCAGUCUCUGGCCACGCUGGACGCUCGAUCCCACACAUCAUCCAAUUCCACUGAGCCGGAGCUGCACUCUGGCUGCAUCAACGGAGACACGAACACCGUGUUUGUCCGAGCACUUUAUGAUUACGAGGGCCAGGCAGAUGAAGAGCUCUCCUUCUCUGAGGGAGCUGUGAUCCGCCUGCUAAACCGCGACACUCAGACAGACGACGGCUUCUGGGAGGGAGAGCUAAACGGACGAGUGGGCGUUUUCCCCUCCGUGCUGGUAGAAGACCUCACCGAGAACGGGGAGACCAGCGGCGGAGGGACGGGCGAUACCCAGAUCUCUCCAUCUUUAAAGCUGCCAGCAUCUCUGCCGCCGCUUCCUCUGUAUGACCAGCCUCCUAUCAGCCCUUUCACAAGCCCAGAGACCUCGACACCCCCCCCUCUGCCACGCUCGCCCUCCGCCGCUCUUAAUGGCGAGCAUAAACUUCCCCUGCCGGCCCCCACUCACAAAGGACAGCUGCCCUCUCAUAAUCAAAGCUCCAGCAGGAGUCCGGUGUCUCAAGGAUUUACUCCGACUCAGCCCCUACGAUUCACUCCUGAAGGAGGUCCUGGCAAACUAAGACCCGUGCGAGCCGCUCCUCCUCCACCCAAACAACAUUCGCGUCGUCAGCAGGAGAAGAGCGACAAGACAGAGGAGGGAAUUGUAUAUACAGCAAGAAGGGUCUAUGAAAGGAGAGAAGAAGGGGAGAGGACGGAAAAGAAACAAGAGUCAAAGGAGGCUGGAUCCUUCCCUCUGCUCUUGGCUUCACCUCUCUUCACCUCCCUCCUUUAUGUCUCUGAUAGACUUUUGUGCUGCUCCCACCUUUGCAAAAAACUCAGCAUGUUGGAAGUAGUUACCCUUUUGGAUGCACACCUCACCUGCUCUGCUGCUGCAGGAACUAGCAGCCUCUCCUCUGUCUUUUUGACAUGCGUAGCUGCCAUUAUGAACGAUGUAGUGGAACAACUGGUCUCUCUCCUCACAGACUGUUGCCAUGGUAACAAUGAGAACAGUAGCUGUUUGUUUGAUAUGUACUCCAACGGAAAAGAGUGUUCGCCUUCACAUUCCGGCUGCAGCUCAUCCUGUGUGAAAAUCUAUCUGUGCUCCAACCCAGACGACAGCCUACAUGAGCGUAGAGCUCUCAGAGAGAAUGUGUUCCCCAAGUUUAGAGAGCACUGCAGGCACACACUGGGGUUGGACGUCAGGGAUUUGAAAACAAAGGAUGAGCAGCUGUCAGGCGACUGCAUUGUGAUCGACCCUUUUGAGUCCAGCGACUCCAGUCGUUGGCCAGAUGAAAACACCAGACAGCAGCUGAUAGAGGAAUGCAGGCAAAACUCAGCUGGACCUUUUUUACUGGCCCUGGUAGGACACCAGUAUGGCACGGUGGCUCUGCCCCCCCGGGUGGAGGUGUCAGAGUUCCAGCUGCUGCUAGAGCAGAGCCAGCGGCAGGGCGGCAGCACCCAGGAGCUGGAGAGGCUGUACCGGCGGGACGAGAACACCAUCCCUGCCUCCUACUGCCUCAAACCUCCACACAGAGAGCACUGCAGUCCUCUGGACCAAAAAGAACAGGCAGAGGACAGCAACACAAAGGACAAAGAACAGCCGCUGAAAGUGUUUCAGGCUGCUGUGAGUCUGUGUGUCCUCAGUGGGCUUAUGUCCCCAGAGAGAGCCCAGAGUCUUAACAGAUCAGCCCUUGAUGCAGAUCUGAGGUUUGCUCUGGAAAAGUGUUCCGUUGAGGGAGUGGCCAGCCGCUGCGUGGUGUAUGUCCACAAGGUCCUCAAUGCUAAAAAAGACACAGGAACGAAAGACUUUGAUUUGCAGCCGCAGACAAAUCCAGAGGCUGAGACGUCUGAUCAGACCACUGGGAGCGGAGCACCCACCCAUGGUGAUUUGUUAUCAGAGCUGUGUAACGGCUUUCUCCCGGGCCUUGUGAUGUCCCGCCAGCUUCUGCUCUACACCACCACGACUGAGUGCGACCCCCGUCACGGUUACACCACCGCCAGGAGGCGGAGCUACGCCGUCUCUCUGUGCCAGCAAGUGCUCUCAGAUCUGGUGCUGUUGACCAACAGGGGAAACAGCCCCGAGCCCACCAGACAUACUCCCAUUAGUGAUGCUUUAUCACAAGAGCAAGCUGAGCAAGAGCAGCUGUGCAACAUCUUUUCUCAGUUAUAUGAUGUCGCUCAGCCUGCAGAGGAACAGGUCAGAGCCUAUGUGGAGCAGAGAGACCAGCGGGGCCCUUUUGUGGUGACAGGGGGCCCUUGCACUGGGAAGACAGUGUUGGCAGCACACUGUGCUAAGAUGAUGAAGUCUUGGCUGGCAGAAAGCAGUCCUGUGGUGAUCACUUAUUUUUGCAGUCUGUUAAUCGAUCCGUCUCCAAAGCGCCUGCUGUCCAACCUGUGCUCUCAAGUUGCCCACAGAUACGACACGCUGACCUCCUCUGAGCAGCAUCCCGACAUUUGCCUCAGCAGGGUCCCAGAUGAUCCCAGCUGCAGCCCAACAUCUGUUCUAGAUGCUCCCCAUGAAAGCAGCACCCAAAAUGAUAACUUCAACCGGAUCCCAAUACCAUGUCCACUUAAAAGGGAACCUGAUUCUGGUAUCAAAGUUGACAUUUCUCUAUCAGAACUGAGAAACCACCUUGCAUCCAUACUCACUCUCCUCCCCUCCAGUCAACAGCCUCUCGUUCUUAUCUUAGAUGGUUUGGAUACACUUGAAAACAAAUUUGGUGUUCAGGUGAUCAGGAACUUACCCUCCCCCCUCCCACCCAGCGUCAAGCUCAUCCUGACAGUUUCUUCAAACAGAACGCGGCUCCUGCAAGCCAUCAAACUACAUUACCCAGUAGGCCGUCUGCCUCUCUGCGUAUCAGAGUCAGGGUGUGUGUGUGUGCAGCUGGGACCGGUGGACAGGAAAGAGUGCGCGCAAAUGUUGGCAUCACUGCUGAGAGCCACGGGGAGGAGGGUGACGUCAGGACAACAGGCACUGGUCAACCGGGCCCUGACCGCCUGCCCUCUGCCUCUAUACGCCCGUCUCCUGCACAAACACACCUCGCUGUGGCGCUCUGAUUCAGAUGUGACAGAGUCUUCUCUCCCUGAUUCCGUUCACUCAUCCAUAGGUGUGCUCCUGGAUCACCUACAGCAGAAACAUGGCCUCUCUGUCGUGGCCCAUGCUGCCUCCUACCUCACCCUUUCUAGGACGGGGCUCUCCGAGGCGGAGCUCGGGGAUCUGCUCUCGAGUGAUGAACUCCAACCAGCCGAGCACGUUUGUCACAGCGGGGCCUCAGCCUCUAAAACAAAGACCCUGCAAGUGGAUGUGGAGAGAGUCCUUUUGGAUCUGAAGAGCUUCCUUGUGAAAAGAACAGUUGCAGGUUCACAGGUUUUGUUUUGGGUGAGCAGGCACUUUGAGCUAGUCACAGCAAAGAGAUACCUGGACACUCACCAGGUAAGGAGGAGGAUUCACUCCAAGAUGGCAGACUAUUUUAGUAUCCGAAGCGACUCGCCUGGCAGAGACAGGCCGCCCUACAUUGAAACAUUCCUCUGCUCGUCUUCCAACGCUGGGGGCCGGAUGAACGUCAGGAAAGUGCUGGAGCUGCCUCAUCACCUACAGCACGGUGGCAGGUUAGAGGAGCUGGAGCGUGUGUUAAUGUCUUUUGGAUUUCACUGGGCUAUGGUCCAAGCUGGUUUUCUGGGAGAUCUGGUUGGCAUGUUGGAGAGAGAUCUGGGCUCGUUCGGGUUGGUCAGAGAAAAGUUUCUCCUGGCAAGCACGUUGAAAUCCUCUGCCUGCUUCCUGGAGGGUUCCCCCCUGCAGCUUCCCACGGUGAUGGAGACAAGCCUUCUUCCCUUCCUAGAGGUCUUCCCUGCCCUCGAGGGUUAUAUCAGAGACAUUAGACAGCAAAGCACUGAGAAUGGAACAGGAUUAGGAGUUGUUUUUUCCCCAUUUGCACAUUCAGUGCCCCCGAUUUGGCAUUUAAAGAGCAAUGACAAAACCGGGGAGGUUUGUGUAGUGGAAACUGCUGGUACACACUGCGGGGUUGUAGCGGAGGUCAUGGCCGAUGGUUCUGUUUCCAUUUGGAAAGGCUCUGGGUGUGAGGUGUCCAAACUGUCAGUCAGCCCUGAGCAGACGGAGCUGAAGUUUGAAGGAGUGAAGAGCAGCAGCCACUUCCUGCUGCUGUCAGCACAAUGCACCAGGCUUUUCGUGUGGGAUUUGACAGGCCCAGACAGGCUGGUGGAGAUCCGAGACCCACUCAAAACCGAACUCACGACAUGCCACACGCCAAAGAGAGUUGAAGGAUUUGUUGCGUGUAAGAAAAAGUUAAGUAUAUGGUGGAAAAGUGAGAGCUUCGUCAGUGUAUUUGACAUGGCCGGCGAAAGUUUGACUAAUUUCCAGUGCGAGAGCUGUGUGACCGGUCUGGCCCUCUCCUCUGAUGGCCUCUGGAUGUACUGUGGGCAGGAGGAUGGAAGCGUGUCUAUGUUUGAUAUCAAAGCCCAACACUUGCUAGGAACUUUUACUAAUUCAAGACACAGUGCGAUUAUACGGAUCAUUUCCUGUGAAGACAAUGGGGGGGUGGCUUGUUUCGACAGGACCGGGAGCUUGGCCUUAUGGGAUCAUUCCGGCAAAACAAAACUGCCCAGACUUGUUAAAGAGCACCUCAGUGAGGGUCAAUCUGAAACCAUCCUCAGCACUGAUUACUCAGACCAAAUCAAGACUCUUUUGGUGUGUCGGGCCCACCAGGUGGCGCUGUGGGACACGAGCGACUGGGAACUGUGGGAGCGGUUCUCGGCACCGCCUGGUAGAGCCUUCACUCAGGCCCUGCUCACUGUGGACGGACACCUCUUCCUGGCCUUACUGGACACCUGUCCCCUUGUCUUGGCAUGGAGGGUGAGCACGGGGCAGUGUGUCCUCUCCUUAGAAACAAACAAGCAGCCCCACACACUCCUCAAAACAGCCUCGGACAUCGUGUGCGUCGGUCGCGACGGCUGCUUGACAGCGUGGGACUCUGAGAUGAUAGAUGCUGCAGGGACGGCUCCCAGAAUGAGACAGCAAGUCGAACAGGUGGUGGUUGACCACACAGAGAUGUCAUUUUUCACAUCAGACCAUUCAGACAAAGUGUGGAGGUGGAGUUAUUAUACAGGACUUCCAGAGGCCUGCUUCUUCCACGACGGCCCUGUGGAAAAACUGCAGCUGUCUCCAGACGGUGUCCAUCUCGUGACACUCUCAGACGGGGACAUUUACACAUGGCUGACGGAAACGGGUCAGAAUGUCCUACGCAUCGCUGGCAGCAGGGCUACAGAUAUCUUGAUUACCAGAAAUGCUCAUUUUGGAGUGAGCGUUUCUCAAAAAGGCCUCUCCCGUGUUUGGAAAAUGGCGCACGGAGGCGUGGUGUGCAGCAUACACCUGUACCUGGCGGACGCUCAGGUGUCCCCCGAGAGCACGUUCCUCCUCGGCCUUCGUGGGGGGGACCUGCUGGCCGCCAGCCUGUGGUCGGGCUCGGUCAGCAAGCGUUUCUCCAGCGCGGCGAGCUCCGAGCGCGUCACCGCUUUCCAAGCGCUCUCAGAGCACCCAAACUUCGUGGUCGUGAUGACCGCCUCGGGGGCUUUUUACACCUGGAAGCUGACGGAGGAGACAGUGUGCCGGCACUUCCACCUGCCACAUUUAUUUCACUGUCAGCCACAACGCUUCCAAAUGUCCUCUCGGGGGAGCCACGCGCUCCUGUCCACAGAUAACGACUCCAUCAACCUCCUAGACCUGUCGCGGGUCAGAUUGUGCUCAUACAAAGCUGGGGGUUCUGUCAUCCAAGCCUGCCUUGACAAAUCCGGAUGCUAUGUUGCACACAUAUCCCAGCCCACCACCGUAGGAAAAGCCUGUUCCUGUUCCCUGCACGGGGGGCCCGUCCUCACCGUGACACGCCUUUCAGAUGGGGAGAGAAUAGGAAGCGUGUGUCUGUUUAAGAAUCCAUCCACUCUGGUUAUGAGUGAGCGGCAGAGCGUCUUUGUGGGCUUUGUGGAUGGGUCUGUGGGUGUGUAUUCUGUUACAGAUGGAAUUACUAAUGAAGACGGCUUCUUUAGGGACAAGGAGAAUUUUAGAGCUCAGCAGACACAAUGCCCCUUUGAUAGAGCACCAAUCAGCUGGUUUCCUCUGGCCAAAGCUAAUGUUAAAUGGCCAUAA